UUAUGUAAUACGCUAAACAAUUAAGUCGCAUAAAUUAUAAAAUAGUCAUUACGGAUGAUAACUCGAUGGCAUUUGUGGAGCGACUUUGAAUCACCAAAGUGCCGCCGACAACCACGAUAGCCACAAUCUGAGCGCCAGCGCAGUGCCAAAAGCUCUGUGUUAUUGAAAAAGGCAAAGUCAAAAAAGUCGAAAAAGUCAAGCGAAAUGGGAAGUUGUGACAGAAAAACAACAAAGAGCUGCUCUUUGUAGGCCGCUCGAUAAAAAGGUAAAAAGAAGUUGGCCCAAACUAAUUGCCCGAAAUGGGAAAAAACAAACCGAGCACGCUGGCGAGAGCGAGAUAAAAACACCGGGACAAACCGGACCGAGCGUUCAGUUCUCUGCCGGACGACACAAGCGGCGGAUCACUGUUGUAUUUUGUUUCAUCCGGAGCACUUGCGAAUAGAACGCGAAAGUCCCGAGCAAGCGUUAGUUUUUGCAUACAAUGGAGUACCUGAGCUACGUGUACGAGAAAAUCUUCGGGGGCAAUCCUCCCACGGACGACACGCAAGGGGCUUUCCACACGCCCCGCAAGGUCAUCUGCUUCGGCAACGUCCUGCUCGACCGACUCGUCCAGCUCGAGGACCCCGAACUCCUGGAGCGGUUCGGCCUGGAACUGGGCUCCAAGGGCGAACUGGACAUGGAGAAACUCAAUCAGCUGGCAGCGGAGGCUACAGAGUGCUCUCGGUGCCUUACAAAUCCGGGUGGCUCUGCCCUCAACACUGCCCGCAUCCUGAAGCAGCUGGGCACAGACGCGCUCUUCUUUGGCGCCGUGGGAGCCGACAAGCACGCCGAGGAGCUGCGCCAGAUCCUUCGGGAUCGCGGCAUUGAGGCCAGGCUGCAGACUGUCGAGGAUGCGCACACCGGGCAGUGCGUGUGCCUCAUGUAUCAGGACAACCCCACGCUGUACGCCAACAUCGGCGCCUCGGCUCAGUUCGAGGUGCAGACCCUGAGCCACGCCGUCAGCCACGAGGGCCAGAGCUUCCUGCGUCCCGUGGAGCGCAAGCAAAUCCUGUACGUGGAGGGCUUCUUCGUGCCCCAGAGGAGUGAUGUGUGCGACUACAUAGUGCAGCACCUGGUGCGGGAGCGACGACGCCUGGCCCUCAAUCUUAGUGCCCCCUACAUUGUGAGGAAAAAUCACCAGGCUAUGAUGAAGCUGGCCCGGGCAGCCUUCUUCCUGUUCGGAAACCGCCAGGAGUUCGAGGCGCUGGCCGAGGCUGCGGGUGGGUUCCGAAACGUCGACGAACUGGCAGAUCAUCUCCUGGAAUCCGGUGGCACCAAGGUCAUCUUCGUCACCAACGGCAGAUCCGGCGUCCAGGUGAUCACCAACUACGUGGAGGAGCUGGCUCCUCCCGGACCCGUCAGCUUUGAGGACUUCAGGGCGCAGCGCGUAGAUCAGCUGGUGGAUGCCACUGGGGCCGGAGAUGCCUUUGUGGCCGGAUUCCUGCACGCCUGGCUGGAGAAACGCUCGCUGGGCGAGUGCAUCCGAAUGGCCUCCAGCGUGGCCGCCAAGGUCGUCACCCAGGUGGGCUGCAAUCUGCCCUAGACCGACGCCGUGCAUCGCCACCUCAGAUAGCGCACAACAAAGCACCAAAGUAGACUCUUAGCUUGUAAUUAUUCCGGUAAUCUCCGCAAACCUUAGGCUUAGUCAAACAUUUGUCCACCAUUUCACCCAAGUAAUGAACUUAGUCGUAAAUAAAAAUGAUUUAUACAUCGUUCUACGAAA